AUGGCGGGCAUUAAUAAAGAAAGUAGAGUGUUCGUCACUGGAAUCAGCGGCCUCGUCGGCUCCCAUGUCGCCGAUCACUUGCUCCGGGCUGGGUACCGUGUCCGGGGCGCUGUGCGCAGCGAGCAAGAGGCACAGAUGGUGCAAACCAUAUUUCAGAAUCGUCAUGAGAAUGCAUCCGAACUAUUCGAGACUGUCAUUGUGGCAGAUUUGAAAUUGCCUGGGGCAUUCAAAGGCCUCCUCGAGAAUUGUGAAGGAGUUGCUCACGUCGCGAACGAUAUGAGCUUUUGCCCUGAUCCUAACGUGGUCAUUACUGGAUGUGUCAACGGUAUCAAGGCAAUCUUGAAAGAAGCCAAAUCGACACCGUCCAUAAAACGAUUUGUCUACACGUCAAGCAGUAACGCGGCUACAAGACCUUUGGUCGGCGAGGCGAGGCAUGUCGAUUCGAACACAUGGAACGAAGAUAUCUCGAAAAUUGCAUGGGCACCACCACCCUACGAGCCUGACCGAGCCUAUGCUGUCUACGCGGCAUCCAAAGUUGCCUGCGAACGUGCAGCGUGGGACUUCAUGAAAGAGCAGCGACCGAACUUCGAAUUCAGCACCGUGCUUCCAAAUUAUACAACCGGCAUCCUCUUACAGCCCCUCAGCAUUCCGGGUAUAGGUAGUACUGCGCGCUGGGUGCGCGACGUUUUCGAUCAUCCAUUUGAGGAAGAGUUCGUGACGAAGCUGCGAGACCAGGAUCCCCAAUGGCAAGUCGACGUGGAGGACAUUGCAAAGUUGCAUCUUGCAGCGCUCACGAUGGAUGAUGUUCGGAGUGAGCGCCUGUUCGGGUUCGCAUAUCGCUUCAAUUACAACAGCUUCCUCCAUGCCUUCAGGAACAUAGCACCUGGCCGACAGUUCCCUGCGGAUGAGCCUGGACAGCAGCAGCCAAGUACGACAAUUGAGACCCAGCGAUCGGUCGAGCUUUUAAAGAGAUUUGGAGCAGACGGCUGGGUGCCAUUCGAGGAAAGCGUCCGACGAUCUUGCUUGAACAACUACGGAGAUGGGUUCGGCGUCUACGAUGGAAACACUGGGCAUGUAUAA